AUGAUCAAGCCUCGGCUCAACUACAAAGGCAUUCGCGGAUCACUGGAACAAAUUGCGCAAAAUAAUGUACACCGCAAUGCCAAAGUGGAUCUAAGCAACUACACGAACAUCUACAACACAUCCUCCAUGCUCGAGCACACGCUAAAUGCGACGAAACACACGCAAGCAACGACCAAGUCGAAGGAGCUGAAAAGGGAAAUAAAGGAGCUGGAAGGAAGAUUAAGAGAUACUAAACAGGAUUUGUACGAGAUAGCUUCGCAGAUCCCCAACGAAUCGCACCCGUCUUCUCCGACGAACAACGUUGCAGUAGAGGUGGACAGCGGAGGUCCACCACCAAUACGCGCCACUCGCACACGUGAUCAUCUCGAUAUUGCUGCUCGACUUAACGGGACUCUCCCACUGUCCGCGGCUAAUGUGUCCGGUAAUGGUUUCGCAAUUCUCAAAGCUGAGUUGGCGGUGCUGGAACAUGUACUCAUACAGCACGCUCUGCAUGUGGCUGUUGGGCGCGGUUACACUCUCGUCACUGUGCCCGAUAUUGUCAAAAUGGACAUCGCAAAUAGGUGUGGAUUUGUGCCGCGCGAUACAGCAGCGAAUCAGACAUAUACAGUUAGCAGUAGCGGUGCUGGAAACAGUAAUGGUAAUGCACGAGAGAGUAACAGUGACAGUAACAGUAACAAUAACAAUGGCCCUAACACACUCUGUCUCGCAGCUACUGCUGAAAUACCUCUGGCUGGGCUGCAUUUCAACGAUUUGCUCAAACACAAAGAGCUCCCCAUCAAGUAUGUCGCUUGUGGGCAUGCCUUCCGAGCGGAAGCUGGAGCUCGAGGACGAGACACGCGGGGAUUGUAUAGAUUGCACCAGUUCACCAAGGUUGAGUUAUUUUCCCUCACAGAUGCUUCCUCGAGUGACGCGAUGCUGGAUGAGAUAGUAGACAUUCAGAGGGAGAUUGUACAAACUCUCAAUGUACCAUAUAGAAUACUGGAUAUGCCGACUCAGGAAUUAGGUGCGAGUGCGUAUAGGAAAUACGACGUCGAGGCGUGGAUGCCGGGACGUGAAGAGUGGGGAGAGGUGUCGUCGGCGUCUAAUUGCAUCGACUACCAGGCGCGCAGACUGCUCAUAAGGUACAAGACGGGCGAAGGGAACGUGUUCGUGCAUACGCUUAAUGGCACGGCAGCUGCCAUCCCUCGUCUCAUUCUCGCCCUGGUUGAAAACGGGGUGGAGAGCGACGAAAGCGCAAACUUACGUCUGGCUCUGCCGAAAUCGCUGCGGAAGUACUGGAUUGGCAGCGAUAAGCGCAUUAGAUGGCAGUAA